UGUCCGAAUACGGGUGGGAAACGUAUAAUGUUAUAGGACGCGUGCUUGAACGGUAUUUGGCGCGCGCCAUGCGUGCAGUGUUUUAAUGUUGUCAUUUGAAGGAGAGGAAAAAAAAGUCUGAAUGUUUAUUCUGGACUAUAAACUGUAAAAUAAACUUGUAAUAGUCGUGGAGGAUUUCAGGUCACCUAAAUGGCUGAACAGCAGGAUGCACAGGUACCGUUAGCUGCCUGUUAAUACACUUAUGUUGUUCAUCAUGCCAAAAAAACACGUCCUCGAUUAUUUCUGUUGCCGAUCCGUUAUCGUGAAGUAGCAGUAAAUGUGUGCGAGGCAUUUAGUGAGGAGGACAGUCUGCCUCUUACAAGGGCUACCUCUUGGACUGUACCAUCAUCCGGUCCUGAGAUGCAUCACCUAUGUUCAGGUGCACAGCUCUCUGGUGCACAGCUCUCACUAUCCUUACUGGAGACCUUCUUGGUGUCACCUCCAUAGAGCGUCAAAGCCCACAGCGUGCUUUAAUUCCUCCAGAACAUUAAAAAGAGAUGCAAAGUUUUCAAUAGACAUUCCUGUCCAUCCCAUUACAGUCACAGACAUCAAGCAGUAUCUGAGGUCCAAGGAAAUUUCCUUUCACGAUGGUUAUAGCUGCUUACAUGCCAGCAGUAUUUUUGUAGAGCCAAAAUCACAACUCCAGGAAGGAGCUGGAAAAGACAGCUACACAAUGUUUAUUGAUAAAAUAACUGGGCAAUUUCUCUGUAAAGAGACUCUAGUAGAGGGAAGCUGGGAAGACCUGCAGGACUGUCUGGAGGUGAUGCAGAAAGAGGGACAAACUUCGAUCAACCCGGAUGUUUUGUUGCGCUACUCAGAGAGCGUGGAGGAACAGGGGCAGAGGGAGACGGAACUGAAGGAGGUGCACAGGAUUUGGAGCAGCUCUCUGACACUCACAGAUCUUCUCGAAGAGGAUCUGCAGCUUAUCAAAACUAUGUUCCAGACCAGUAAGCUCAACAACUCAACACUGAAGAAGUUUGGGGUGAGAUUCUUUAAGCCAACUAAAAGUCUUGUGUUUCCCUGGUUUAGUGGGCAUGACUUAAGCCUCCGAGGCAUAAAGCUGCUGUCUGCUGCCACUAAAGAUGAUGGCCAAGUGGUUUAUACGGAAGUUAGUAUUCCUAAAUUAUCCAACUACUUCAACCUCUUUGGCCUUCCCCUAGUAGGAAGGAAGGAAACAGAGAUGGUACUCACAGGAAGUGAGAUUGACUGUAUGGCGGUGAGUCAGGCCACUGGCCUGCCUGCAUUAGCCUUACCACGGGGAGUCAGUUGUCUGCCUCCGGUACUUCUUCCUUACCUUGAGCAGUUCAGGAAGGUCACACUGUGGCUGGGAGGGGAUAUACAUGCUUGGGAGGCUUCAAAAAUGUUUUCAAAGAAACUAGGAUUGAAACGCUGUUCUCUUGUGCGGCCAGGAGAAUUUCAGCCGUGUCCUAAUGAGGCGUUAAUAAAAGGCAGGAACCUUGCACGAAUAGUUAAGGCAUCCAUCCCUGCGGCCCAUAAGUCUAUAGUGUCCUUUAAGCAGCUCAGGGAUGAUGUUUUUGGAGAGCUGUCCAACGUAGAGCAGGUGGCAGGAAUAAAGUGGUGCCGGUUUCCCGAGCUCAAUCGAAUCCUUAAAGGCCAUCGGAAGGGGGAGCUUACAGUAUUCACAGGUCCCACUGGCAGUGGGAAGACCACAUUCAUCAGUGAGUAUGCCCUUGACCUGUGUAUGCAGGGAGUAAACACACUGUGGGGCAGCUUUGAGAUCAAAAACGUACGUUUGGCCAAAAUCAUCCUGACGCAGUUUGCUAUGCAGAGAUUGGAGGAAAACUUGGAGCAGUACGACUACUGGGCUGACAAGUUUGAGGAGCUUCCACUCUACUUUAUGACUUUUCAUGGACAACAGAAUGUUAAGACAGUGCUUGACACCAUGCAACAUGCUGUUUACCUCUAUGACAUCAGUCACGUGAUCAUCGACAAUCUGCAGUUUAUGAUGGGGCAGGAGAACCAGUCUCUGGACAAGUUUGCAGUACAAGACAACAUUAUUGGAGCUUUCAGAAAAUUUGCAACCAACAGUAGUUGUCAUGUGACCCUGAUCAUCCAUCCAAGAAAAGAAGAAGAUGACAAGGAACUUCAGACAGCAUCUAUUUUUGGCACAGCAAAGGCUAGUCAGGAGGCUGACAAUGUGCUCAUCCUUCAGGAGAAAAAGCUUGUUACCUGUCCUGGACGCAGAUCCUUGCAGGUGGCCAAGAACCGCUUUGACGGAGAUGUGGGGAUUUUCCCUUUGGAGUUCAACAAGUCUUCACUUACUUUUUCAGCCCCAGUAAAGAGCAAGCAAAAACUGCGCAAGGUCAAAGUGGACAAUGCUGAGACCUCAGAGACUGAAGUCAAGGAGAAAAAUGAGAAAGUCUCAAAGUCUACAAAAGAACCUAAAACCCCCAAAACACUGAAGCAGUCAUCAACCAGAAAGAAUGAAAUGAAAGGAGAAUGAAGAAGCAAUCGUUAAAAAAAAGUGAAUGUUGCAAUGCAAAUCUGAAUUUUUGAGCUCAGCUAUCAGACAAAUUGUCAUCUGGUAAAUGUUCACUUUUUUUUUGCUAUUGAAUUGGCAUACAGUGAAUUGCAACGGUUUAGAAAGUAAUCUGGAUGUAUUGAAUCAAAUACAAGUCUGUCAUUAAUA